GCGGAUUUCCCCACCACAGUGGGGCUGCUGGCCCCCGAGGAGUCGGCGCUGGAGCUGGACGGGGAGAAGGAGAAGAAGCCGGGGAAGGUUUAUUACAUCGACACCAACUCGCUGCACGUCCCGCGGGAGAACACGGAGGUCCUGUCACCCCUCAAGAACGGCAUGAUCGAGGACUGGGACUGUUUCCAGGCGAUUCUGGAUCACACGUACGGGAAACACGUCAAGUCGGAGCCCGGCCUGCACCCCGUGCUCAUGUCCGAGGCGCCGUGGAACACCCGCGCCAAGCGGGAGAAGCUGACCGAGCUGAUGUUCGAGCAUUACGCCAUCCCGGCCUUCUUCCUCUGCAAGACUGCCGUGCUCACCGCGUAUCCCGGAGGGGCUGGGGGGCAGGGAGCCAGAUCUGGGGGGCUGGAGGACUGUGGGCAGUGGAGGGGGGCUGGGAGCCCGAACUCCUGGGUUCAUGCCCGACUCUGGGGGAUUCCAGGCAUCGUGAAGUCGCCGCUGGCCGGGGAUUUCAUCUCCAUGCAGUGCCGGGAGCUCUUCCAGGAGAUGAACAUUGAGAUCGUGCCCCCCUACAUGAUCGCUGCCAAGGACCCUGUGCGUGAGGGGGCCCCCCCCAACUGGAAGAAGAAGGAGAAGCUGCCCCAGGUCUCCAAAUCCUGGCACAACUACACCUGCAAUGAGGUGAUCCAGGAUUUCCAGGCCUCGGUGCUACAGGUCUCCGACUCGCCAUAUGAUGAGCAGGUGGCCGCCCAGAUGCCCACCGUGCACUACGAGAUGCCCAAUGGCUACAACACGGACUACGGGGCCGAGCGGCUGCGCAUUCCCGAAGGGCUGUUUGACCCCUCCAAUGUCAAGCCCCGUGCCCCCUACUGA